AAAAUCUGAAACCAGCCCAUCCACCAGUCCACAACAUAUUUAGACAGUCAAUCUAAUCGAAGUGCUCCACUCACAGUGAGGGGGUGUGAGGUGCACAGAUCCACAACGUAUAAUGGGCCCAGAUGUCGCCAGAGGUUACCAGUGAGAAAAUCUGACUGAAACUGCAGAUCCACAAAGAAGAGAAGGGGCCGGUUAUUGUUUGUAAAUGUUAGGAGCAGAUUUUGGUGCAAAGUUACACACCCCCUGACAUUUUCCCACAGCAGUGGCAAGUUUCUAGCAUCAACGCUUAAGGCUAGCCCGCACACCUGUGAGCCCUGUAGGACCGGCUGCCAGCAGAUGGCAGAAUCACAGACUACCGAGGGCAGGAACGUCUGCUUCACCCUGCGAGAGAGAAACACCUUCAGCUUGAGGCCUGCAGCAGUGAACAGGAGGCACAGCACUGAUGGGACCCUUGGAGGCCAUGUUGACUCUGACCGUUUCCAUCCGUACCAUCGACAGUUCAGUGAUGGAGCGGUGCCGGCUGCAGGUGGCCUCCAGCAGGACUCGUCCUCUUUCAGCUGCCUGCAGGAGGUGUGCAGCCCUGACACUCAUUCACACAGCUCAGGCAGUGAGGCUCCAACAUCCUGGGACCAAUACGACGACAGCAUGCAGAGUUCGUACCCAGAACUAUCAACCCUUCCUGUAGAGCCCUCCUGCUUCCUGUCUCAGAGCUACCCAUCCUACAGCUCAUCGGUCCCUCUGCAACAGGUCUCACCCAGAUUGUACCACAACAACGAUCAGGUCCACAGCUCAAAAUAUUCUCUCCAAAGUCUCCCAACUCAAUCACAGCAGGAGAGCAACACACAGCCCCUCUUCCCCAAGCCCAUUUACUCAUACAGCAUCUUGAUCUUCCUGGCUCUGAAGAACAGUAAAACAGGAAGCCUGCCGGUCAGUGAGAUCUACAGCUUCAUGACGGAACACUUCCCUUAUUUCAAGUCAGCUCCUGAUGGAUGGAAGAACUCUGUGCGUCACAACCUCUCUCUCAACAAAUGCUUUGUGAAGGUGGAGAACAAAAAUGGGAACUCGUCCCGUAAAGGCUGUCUUUGGGCUCUCAAUCCAGCCAAGGUGGAGAAAAUGCAGGAGGAGCUGCACAAAUGGCGUCGCAAGGACCCCGUCACAGUUCGCAGGAGCAUGGCAAAACCAGAAAGCCUUGAUCGUCUUCUGGGAGAGAGACCCAAUAAGCUCAGGUCUUUGCCCCCUUACACCAACCCAGCUGUGAUAACCAGAGCGGCCCCUCUUUAUGGCAACACCUCGUCACCCUGCUCCCCAGCCCAGCUGCCGCCAUCCAGCCCAUCUCUUUGGCAUCUACAGUAUUCCCAUGUUCAGCCUCAGCAGCACUGCUACCCCCCCCCUGCCGCUGCUCACCCCAGCAACUCAUUCUCCCUGUACUCCCCCUGUGGGCAGCAGCCUGCAGCCACUUUCCUAUCAGUCAAUGGGAGCUUGCACUCCCCCAUGGCUGGUAAGAUGCCCCCUGCUUACAGUGGCACCCCGCAGGCGGAGUACAGCUCCAGGAGCAUGCAGGACCUGCUGGUGGAGGGAGACGUCAGUUAUGACAUCGACACGCUCAACCCAAGUCUGACUGACCUACAGCUGCAAGGUUACUUUUGGGAGGAGCUACAGGAGGACAGCCUGAUGCCCGACCCACAGGAGACCCCCACCACCUCGGUCGUCCAGACCAGCUGCCUUCAGGCCACGUCUCCUGUGGGUCAGCUCUCAGAGAGGACUGGCGUCGCUCGACGAAAAGCGGAGUUUGAGGACGGAAACACAGGCAGAAGCUUUGAUGGUUAUUUGAAUGGGCUGCAUCCUGCGGGUUAUUCAGGGGUGGAGAGCCUGGCUGGGUAUCUGACCUCCUGCACCGCCUCCAUCUCCUAAUGAAAAGACUGUUUGGGCUCUCACACUUUCUGACCACUAUAUUAACCUUUAAUGAGUAAUAUUGUCUCAAGCAUCUUAGGUUAUUUUAACCCAUUAACCCUGUGUUUACCUUUGCAUCACAGACUGUGGAGGAAAUAGGUAUGUUUUUCUGUUUUUCAUACACAUUUUUCUUUUUCAUUUAUCUGUUUGCAAGAGCCCUUUUCACGGUGAGUUUGCCAAUGAUGAGAAGGUUUUAUAAAUGAGAAAAGAAAAACGAGAUAACUUAUG